CUUGUUUUCGACAGAUUUCGUCGCCAUGCAAUAAUUUCGCCAUUUCUCGGCCGAUUUGCAUGAAAUUUGGCACAAUGCUUCUUAUUGGUGUUGUUGACAUGUCGCAAUGUCCCACCCACCGCCCAUCCCUUGUUUUCCUUGGCGAUUUCGUCGCCAUGCAAUAAUUUCGCCAUUUCUCGGCCGAUUUGCAUGAAAUUAAGCACAACGCUUCUAAUUGGUGUUGUCGACAUGUCGCAAGGUCCCACCCGCCGCCAACCCCUUGUUUUCACCAAAUUUCGUCGCCAUGCCAUAAUUUCGCCAUUUCUCGGCCGAUUUCCAUCAAACUUCGACAGAGACUUUUUUUUGGUGUUAUCGACAUGUCGCAUGGUCACACUCAUCGCCACCACCCUGUUUUCGCCAAAUUACGUCGCCAUGCCAUAACUUCGCCAUUUCUCGUCCGAUUUUCAUCAAACUUCGACAGACACUUCUUAUUGGUGUUGUCGACAUGUCGCAAGGUCACACCCGCCGCCACCACCUUGUUUUCGACAAAUUUCGUCGCCAUGUCAUAACUUAAGAAAAAAUAAUUCGAGGGAACGAAAUGUGAGUGUUGACAAUUUUUGUGCGGUUUGUUUCUGGGUUACAGUUUGUGCGACGCACACUGGUGGCAAAAGUACCAGGGUUUUUAAAAUUAAAGUUUUUUAGUCGUCGGAGCAAUUGUCGCAACCUUGUAAUUAUUACUAAAGUUGUCAAGCAACCUUGGACGCUUCCUAGUACACCAACCACGAUUGCUUGACAUUUAGUAUCUAGGUAACGUUAAUCUCCCGGACGGACAUGACCACGAUUGCUUGACAUUAAGUAUCUAGACUGAUAAAGUGUCAAAUAAUCUUGUACACCAACUGUUAUAAUUUCUUCAACUUCUACCACUCUGACCCAAAAUUCCUUGAAAAUGCGUUACCACCACCCCGUCUUCCAACCCUUGCACUUUGACUAUGGGACGACAACCUGGUCAGUUAAUCACAUGCCUCUUUUUGGGUCAAUUCUCUCCGUCUUGGACCACCGGCGGCUCAACGUGAUUCACAACAUUACCUUCUUCGCCUUAAUGAAAGUUCUGACGAAUGGGAGGAUCACAGCGAAACAGUCACAAGCCGUAUUUAAUUUGCUCGAUUUAACCCACACUGGUGACCUCAACUAUUCCGAGUUGGCAUUCUUAGUCGCAAUCAUCGUUGCGCACAAGGAUCACAUGGAGAGAGAAUUUUUAUACAUGAACGCCUGGAAAAUUUGGGUCACAUUCAACGAGACGGGCAAAGAUCACAUCACGACGCGUGAAUUUAGGCGAACCGGACUCUUCUUUGACUUCAACUAUCCCACAAUGUACGAAAUGUUUCGUGACUACAAUUGGGAUGAUGAGAAAGAAAUGGAAUUUGAACGAUUUAGGUUCUAUCUCAUGUCCUGCAUCCACUUUCGUCAAGUUCACCGCUUUCAGGCCAAAUACAUCCGAUACCGACAAUUUAAACGGGCUGUGCUCCUCCUUCUGAAAAAAAUGUUGAGAAAAGUUCUUCUCGAAAAUGUCUAUCCAUCCCCAAUGUCAAUUCUAAGGGCGAUUAAAACCAUUAAAAUCCCACCUCUGGAAGGAACCGAGAGAACGAAGCACUGGACGGACUUGUUCGAGUUUAAUUUCAUACGAAGAUUUGUCAAGCUUGGAUGGGAAAGAUUAAAAUAUUUGUGGGAUUCCAAGACUAAAGACUAUCCAAGGCUUAAAUGUUUCUGUAAAUGUAUUUGCUGCGGAUUGUGUUGCUGCCGUAUCGACGACUCCGAGGAGCCAGGCUGUUGCGGAGAUUGUGACCAUUACUGUGCCAAGAAAUGCUGCUUUCUGUGCAAAUUCUGCAAGCGGCGAAAGGUUUACAAAUUGGCGAAAAAAUCAAAGAAAACAAAUCAGCGAUGGGGUGGCAAUUUGAACGAAAUCAAGGGAGAAGAUGCCAUCGGACUUAAGCCCGCACCAAAGAAAGUGGUCGACCAGAAGGAGCUACCACUCCUGGACAAAAGUACGGAUAAUCUCGCCGAAACGCCAAGCGUCAAUCCACAAAACAUGAAAGAGAUUAGGAACCAGAGACGAAUCAAGGUAAAAAUGCUGUUGACACGGGAGGAUAUCGUCCCAGCGGUCGAGUGGAGACCGCUGGGAAAGCCAAGGUGCGGAAUUCUGUGAAAUUUACUAUGAUAAGAUUUAUUUAUUGUGUUCCAUUCAAUUUUCUAUGUACGACUAAUAAGUAUACAUAUUUAAAAAACAACAACCAUGAUUUGUAAGAUUAGUUAUUAGUACUUGUAGAAAAGAUUUUUAACAAAUCAUAAAUUCUACAUAUAUGUAUUAUUUACUUGUACAUUAAACUUCCUUCAUCUACCAAUAUUGUACUCAGGGAAUUAAAUUUAAGAAGAGGAAUAGGAAGAGAUUUACGUGUUUAAUAAGGCACAAUUAUAUUUAAAAUAAAGCAAGGAGUGGGAAGGAGACGUACUAUUUUGUAGUAUGUAACACAAAUUAAGGGCCAGGAGUCGAUGUUUGACCUGUAUUCUCAGACUUGCGACACUCACCUCAAAAUUUCCUCCGGUCCUGAAGAACGCAGGUUCGAAACGUCGACUCCUGGCCCUUAAUUUGUGUUACAUACUACAAAAUAGUGAGUCUCCUUCCCAAUCCUUACUUUAUUAUACCCUUACUCGCACAAUUUACCAUAAGGCACAAUUAUAUAGUCAUUAAG